AUGCUUUGCUUGCUGGUUCAUAUACAUGGUGGCAACGGGGAAAAUAUAGCAGAGGGUGACAACGAGGAACAUGACGCAGAGGGUGACAACGAGGAACAUGACGCAGAGGGUGACAACGAGGAACAUGACGCAGAUGGCGCGGCCAAGUUUAUUGCUGACUAUGAUCCGAAUUUAACACUAGACGCAUACGCCGAAUCAUACAGUCAAAUUUUGAAGGAUAAAUUUUUCAUAAUCGAACUUGAGACAUACGUAGAUCCUCAGAAUGCGGAGGAAGCAAUAAAACGUGAAAUCCUCAGACUUGAACACUUGUAUCAAAGUAAAUGGGCAAAGGAAUUUCUCGAGUCCAUCGAUGCAGCAGAUAAGAACCUCGUGAAUUUCUAUACUGAUGAAUACAAGAAGGCAUUGGAAGAAGACAAGGCUUCUGAGUACAAACUUCAUGCUCAUCCGAAAUCAUUCGAUCGAGUGAAAACGCAUAUUUCAAGUAAAUGGGAAAAUCGAAAAAAUCUCGAUAUUGCUGAAGGUAAAUUUUUCGCGGAGGCAUCAGGAAAUUUGAAGAAAGACAAAGAUCUAAUUGAAAUAACCCAGAAGAAUUUGAUGGAAGCGAAGGAAGUAGUGAAGACACUCAAAGCUCAAAUUAAACUGCUGGAAACGGCAGCAGUCAAAGCGUCUAAUGCAUACAGAAAAACUUCAGCUUAUUUGCGAAGAAUUAAUAGGGAGACAGACACAAGUGACUCACCGGACGAUGUUGAAACUACGCAGGUGUAUGAGAAGGCUCGUUCUGAUUUGGACAACGCUACAAAGGAACUAAAGGAGAAAAUAAAACUAUUGGAAAUGAAGAGGAUUGAAUUUUCAAAGUUUCAAACCCCACAGGAUAGAAUAAACUGGCUCUUGGCUGAAAUGAAGGAAGAUGCCAUGCAGUAUUAUUGAGCUGCAGAAAAAAGGAGGUCGGUUCGAACAGAACUCAAACAAUAUUGGUGAUGGGAAUAUAUCGUUUGCUUAUCUCUUUUUUGUUUUAUUAAUUAAAUACAACAUUUUUCUUCCUAA